GCAUCUAAUGACUGAUAUAUUUGCUCUUUCUUCUUAGUUGAAGUUACUUUCAUAUCUCGUGCUGCACCUGCACGUUACGCAUGCCGGCUACGUUGUUAUUACGUGGUUACUAUAUCCGCCAGACGUACUGGAUCAAUUUCAAUCCUUCGGGGUUGUGGAGGGGACAGGGACACGGCAGUGCAGUCAGUUAUUCCUGUCGCAACCGUGUGUCAGUGACGGCUUGCAGAACAUAUUCCUUGAAAGUACACACACACACAAUUAACUGUACUCGCUGUCUGCCAGGUACUGGUGUACCCAUACAAAGAGAAAUAUAUAAAGCCUCUUCAGCUUUGAGCAGGCGUGUACUCUGUCACUUGUUAUUUAUCUGCAACGGGGGACAAGGUGCGGCUCUUCGCUCAGGCAAGGAGCAAGGGUGGAUAGACGACAGUUGUGUACAUAGGACUUCGGCAGCAUGCCUGCAGUGAAUGAAACCACUCCUCUCCUUCAAGAUGAAGGAAUCGAUGAUAGGAUUGAUGUUCCUGACAAUUCAGCAGAUAAAAGGUCAGAAAAAAAAGAUGAUCAAAAGGUUGCUACUUUGGGAGAAUUGUUCAGUUAUGCAACAUGUCUGGACAAAUUCCUGAUAUUUACUGGCACUCUAGCAGCAGCUGCUGUUGGAGCUGGCUUCCCCCUUAUGGCUAUUGUCUUGGGCGGCAUGACCAAUGAUUUUAUCAGCGGCCGAAUGGCACAAAUAUGAACCUGUCCAUCAAUGGCAGCUUCAACUUUGAUGACAGAAUGACUGACAACUCCAUCAAGCUCUCAUACAUUGGUGCUGGGGUGUUUGUCGCCUCUAUAAUACAAAUUAUAGGAUGGGUGGUAGCCAGUGAGCGUCAAGUGCUGAAAAUUCGAAGAGAAUUUUUUAAAGCCAUUCUCCGUCAGGACAUGGCUUGGUUUGACAGUAACCCAUCUGGAGAACUCACCACUCGACUUUCAGAUGACUUAGAGCGCAUUCGAGAGGGUUUGGGAGACAAGUUUGGAUCAGUCUUCCGCUCAUUUUCACAAUUUCUGUCUGGCCUCAUAAUUGGUUUCAUCAAGGGCUGGAAACUGUCAUUGGUCAUGAUAUCGAUUGCUCCUCUUUUGGUUAUUUCUUUUGGAUUUCUGAUGAAACUGACAACAUCCCUGACUGAGAAAGAGCAGGCUGCCUAUGCAAAAGCUGGUAGCAUUGCAGAAGAGGUCUUCUCCUGCAUACGUACAGUGAUCUCUUUCAAUGGCUGGCACAGGGAAAAGGAACGAUACAGCCAAGCUUUGCAAGAGAGUCAGAAACUUGGUGUCAGAAAAAGUGCAGUGCAAGGCGUAGGAGUUGGAGUAACCAUGCUGUGCAUCUUUGGAUCUUAUGGUCUGGCCUUUUGGUAUGGAUCCAGACAGGUGAAUGAUUAUUAUAGCUCUUUUGGCAGUGAGGGGCUUUCACCUGGGGAUGUCCUAACGGUCUUUUUUUGUGUGUUGUCAUCAUCAAUGGCACUAGGACAGGCUGCACCAAACAUGGGUACAAUUGCAGCUGCAAAAGGAGCUGCAGGAAAGGUCUUCGAGAUCAUUAAAAGGAUUCCACAAAUAGAUGCAUCUCGUCUUGAUGGUGAGAAACCACACCAGGUUGAAGGAAAAGUGGAUUUUAAAAACAUCACAUUUAGUUAUCCUACUCGUAAAGAUGUCAAGGUGUUGAAAAGCUUUAAUUUAAACAUUAAGCCAGGUCAGACUGUAGCUUUGGUUGGUGGCAGUGGAUGUGGAAAAUCAACGCUUGUCAGACUCAUCCAGCGAUUCUAUGAUCCAGAUGAAGGCAAGGUGGAGCUGGAUGGAAGGGACAUUACCAAGCUAAAUGUUCACUGGUUAAGACGCAACAUUGGCAUUGUAUCCCAGGAACCAGUUUUGUUUGGAUGCAGCAUCCGUGACAACAUUCGUCUUGGGAACCCUACUGUCACAGAUGAAGACAUUAUCCAGGCAGCCACUGAGGCCAAUGCUCACAAGUUUAUUUCCUCUCUGCCAAAAGGUUAUGACACACUGGUUGGGGAGAGAGGUGCUCAGCUGUCCGGAGGGCAGAAACAACGGGUAGCAAUUGCCCGAGCUCUUGUACGCAAUCCCAAGAUCCUUCUUCUUGAUGAAGCAACAUCUGCUCUAGACUCAGAGAGUGAAAAGAUUGUUCAGAGUGCACUGGACAAGGCACGGAAAGGCCGUACCACCAUAGUAGUGGCACACCGCUUGUCCACUAUUCAGAAUGCAGAUGUCAUCUAUGUCCUGCAAGAUGGUGGUGUGGCAGAAAGUGGGUCCCACUCAGAGCUAAUGGAAAAGGGAGGCCUAUACCACCAGCUCGUCACUUUGCAGAAAAUUGCUUUUGAUGAAAAUUCUGAUGAAAUAAAUGUGACUGCUUUGGUUAAUGAGGUGCUGUCAGAGAGUGAAAUUGAUGAGAUUAAUCCUGAACUGGUAAAUGGAGAAGCAAAAUCAUCUGUUUAUCGGCGGCCUUCCUUAAAGCGGCAGCUUUCAAAAAAACAGAGGCACCCAAUACAGAAAGAACUGUCUCAUCAGUCUACUAGAAAUCGUACUCUGUCUACAUCAUCAUCUGUAAAGGAGCCAGAAGAGGAAGCACCCGAGAACUUGCCAGGAUUCUUCCAUAUUCUGAGCUACAAUGCCAAGGAGUGGCCAUUUAUUUUCUUUGGCUGCUUUGCUGCAAUUCUGAAUGGAGCCACCAUGCCACUGUUUGCUGUCUUCUUCAGCAAGAUCAUUGCAGUGUUUAGUGAGAAAGGUGAUGAUCUUCUGGAUGGCGGAGUGUUCUGGAGUCUGAUGUUUGUGGCCUUGGGGGGACUCAAUCUUUUUACCAACAUUAUUCAGAACUACAGCUUUGGACAGUCUGGGGAGCGCUUGACCAAACGGCUGCGUCUACUAACCUUUCAGAACUUGCUGCGACAGGAUGUGGCAUAUUUUGAUGACCCUCGUCAUGCUACUGGUGCACUGACUGCUCGUCUGGCUACUGAUGCUUCUAUUGUGAAAACAGCAGCAGGAAUUCGUGUAGCUGUUGUUGUGCAGUCCUUAACAGGAGUUGUGGCAGGAGUGGUGAUUGCCUUUGUCUUUGGAUGGAAACUGGCUCUGGUUGUUUUGGGAACAAUGCCAUUGAUGGGUAUUGCUUCUGCUAUUCAGAUCAAGGUUAUGAUGGGAAAUCAGAAAGCUGACACCAAACAUCUAGAAGGUGCAGGAAAGACUUCAAGUGAAACAAUCAGCAAUAUUGCAACAGUCCAGUCACUCACACGGGAGCCAUACUUCUAUGAGAAAUACUGCAAGGAGUUGUUAAAACCUUACAAGAGUAAUAUUCUCAAUGCUCAGGUGUAUGCUCUGUCAUUUGCCUUUGCAUCUUCUAUCAUCUUUUUCAUCUAUGCUGGUUGCUUUCGUUUUGGUGCAUACUUGGUCAGUACAGGAGAAAUGGAUGCUGAAAAAGUUUUCAGGGUAUUUAUGGCAAUGACACUGGCAGGCCAGGUGAUUGGUCAGGCUUCAUCUUUUCUCCCAGAUUACAGUAAAGGGCGACUUGCAGCAGGUUACAUAUUUCAGAUGAUGGGCAUUAAGCCAAACAUCGACAACUUCAGCACUGCUGGUGUUAAAAAGCGAGAUGCCAAAGGCAAUAUAGAGCUACAGGAAGUAGAGUUUUACUAUCCCACACGUCCAGAAAUCACUGUGUUGCGUGGCAUCAGCCUAAAGAUCCAAGCAGGACAAACUGCUGCCCUGGUGGGAGUGAGUGGAUGUGGCAAAUCUACUGUCGUGUCUCUCCUGCAGCGAUACUAUGACCCUGUGAAAGGAAGAAUACUUAUUGAUGGCGUGGACAUGCGAGACUACAACAUUGGAGUGCUGCGCUCCCUGCUGAGUGUGGUCAGCCAGGAGCCUGUGUUGUUUGACUGCAGUAUCCAUGACAACAUUGUUUAUGGCCUACAGAAUGAUGUGCCUAUGGCUGAUGUUAUUGCUGCUGCCAAGACGGCCAACAUCCAUGAGUUUAUUUCUAAUUUACCUGAGGGUUACAAUACUAAUGUUGGUGAGAAGGGAACACAGCUUUCAGGGGGCCAGAAACAGAGAGUGGCCAUUGCACGAGCUUUGGUUCGUAAUCCCACCAUACUUCUACUUGAUGAAGCCACAUCAGCUUUAGACACCGAAAGUGAAAAACUAGUGCAAGCUGCAUUGGAUCGUGCAAGAGAGGGCCGAACUUGUGUUGUGAUUGCUCAUCGGUUAUCAACCAUUCAGAAUGCAGAUGUGAUCUUUGUGCUGGAAAAUGGUCAGGUUUUGGAGCAAGGAACUCACCAGGAGCUGAUUACAAAAAAAGGCGCUUAUGCAGGCUUUGUCAGCAACCAGAAUAUACGGUAGUGACAUGUAUGUUCUUUGACGAACACACUCCAUUUACUGAACUUUUAGAUCAUCAUUUAACUAGCCACUUACAUAAUAAUCAGAAAAAGUCUUAGAAAUAAUAAGACUGGAGAAAUAGCAGUGUGUCAUGAAAUAGAUCGAGUAGAGAGAAUAUUAGUUUGGCUUAUACAUUUGGAAUGAAAAAUGCAGUAGUGGCUGGGAAAAGACUGAAAUCAAAGUUUUUGAACUUAACAUUUAUGUCUCAGAAAGUAUGUAGAUGAAAGUAUGAAUGACAAGUAUGCCUGGUGUGUGUGUGCAUGCAUGUAAAAGUGAGAGUGGUACAGAACAAAGAGAAAGAUUCUUUAGUAUGUUUUACAGUUUUGUAAGUGUAUUUUAUAUGUGGAUGCUUAGGACAAUUGGCAAGAAUAGUGCUGUCAUAAAUGAUUGGUGAUAUUUUACUACAUGUUGUUUACUUUUAUGGCUCCAAAAAAAUAUCAACAAGUAAAUAAAUCUGUUCAUGUAUUGUU